UGAGCUGCCCAACAAAACUGCGUAAUGAUGGAUCAGACAGAGACAGAAGAGUUUACAAACUGAUAAAGAGAAACGUGGAGUGGAAAGACAACCUGUUGCUUUACCGAGGGAGCUUUUCCCAGCAGCAACUCCCCACGACCACAGAGAACUGCUGCCCCAUGCAUCAGCAGGGAUGAUAAUUACACACCCACUUUCACAGCGUCUCCCACAUCUUGGUGGCCAACCCAGACUGAAGACCUCCGUACACAACUUCAAACUGCAUCGCGGAUACUACGCUUUCGCACUUAAUGACAAUUAUCAGAACUUAAAAAGGCAAUUUCGGGAGAUUUGCAUUUUGCAGAGGGACACACCAAGUUAUCUUAGAAAAAAAGGACGAACUUGAAAACGAUGGCCAACUCCGGUAUUCAGUUGUUGGGCUUCUUCCUGUCACUAAUUGGUGUUGUUGGACUGAUCGUCGGGACUAUUCUGCCGCAGUGGAAGAUGUCAGCGUACAUCGGGGACAACAUCAUCACAGCGGUGGCCAUGUACCAGGGGCUCUGGAUGUCCUGCGCUUUUCAAAGUACCGGGCAGCUCCAGUGUAAAAUCUACGACUCCAUUCUGCAGCUCGACAGUUCACUGCAGGCCACUCGUGCCUUGAUGAUAGUUGGCAUCAUUGUGUCCAUCGCAGGGUUGGGUGUGGCCUGUAUGGGAAUGAAGUGCACUACGUGUGGAGGAAGCGACAAACUACGCAAGUCCCGUAUUGCCAUGACAGGAGGCAUCAUCCUGCUAGUGGGCGGGCUUUGUGCCAUCGUAGCAUGCUCCUGGUUUGCUCACAAUGUCAUCCGAGCUUUCUAUAAUCCAUACACUCCUGUCAACACCAAGUUUGAGUUUGGUGCUGCCAUCUUCAUAGCCUGGGGCGGCUCCCUCCUAGAUGUCCUUGGUGGGACCAUGUUGGCUGCUUCCUGUCCUAGAAAAAAGCAGGUAUCUAAAUACCCACCAGCGGGCAGUUCACGCGCUGGCCCUUCGAGCGGCACUAAGGAAUAUGUCUGAGUGAACCCCCGACAGCCUGGGGUCUCCAACAGAACAGCUGAUAAAGACGUCCACCCCCCUCCACCUGUUGCAGCACCAGUGAGGAGUAAAACCGAAGGUGUAUGGGCAGCUCUGAAUCAUAGACAGAGGCAAGAACUGGGACUUUGACUUUUUGUUUGGGCAGGCCUUUGAUAACUACUUGAUUAUCAUCAUGAUCAGCUGUUUCACAAAUGAUGUCUCUCACCCCAUCUACACAUUCCAGUAAUCUUCAUAAAUAUUUUACAACUGAAUCCUCUGAGUUAAUAGACAAGCCCUUGGGGUGUAACUUCCUGAACUGUAGCCAAAAUGGCUGAUCAUGGCCAACACUUGAACCUCCAUGUUAGACCCAGCAACUAUUAGUAUUUGCCAUGCAAUUGAAAGUAAUCAAUAAAGUUCGGUAUGCAGGCUGCGACUCAGGGGUUCUGAAUGACAGAGACACAGGGUGACAAUACAGUAUUUCAUAUUAAAUUAAAUACUUAGUGGUUCUUAAAUAGAUGUUACCAUGAGAAAAGUGUGAUUUUGAACACUGUGGAGUGAGCGUACCACACAGGCCUUUUACUACGACACUGGCUACAGGUCCUGCAGCACUUCAUACCAGUCUGUUAUAAACCCUGCUCAGAUACGAAAUGUUUUACUAUGUACACAGUCGCUGUGCCACUACGGCUCUGUUAGCUUCCAUAGCAGCCCCAAUGAGGUUAAGCUGCCUUUAUUUAUUUUGUUCAACAAAGGCUUUUGCUCCUGUGUAGAUUUGCAUAACUGCUAGAUCACUGUGGCCCCUGUGUAGCUUUUCAGAGAUUUUAAUGUCAUAUUUUUAUGCUCUGAACAGUACUGUUUUUGUUUACCUGUUCAUUUGUUUUGUUUAUAUGAAUGGCAUAGUUGUAUACACCCAGCUCCUCUAGCGGUAAUUAAAAAUGAAAUGUUUUAACAGUAUAUUGAUAAAGAUACUGCAACACUGGCAACUGUGUGAUGUCAUAGUAAUGGAUUACACAGUAGUUUAAGUGUAAACCUGCAGUUACAGAAAAGAAAACUGAACUGAAAAUAGAGCCAUAUAACUAAAUAUUAUAGUUUUCCAUUAGAAAAUAUGCUUUCCUUAUUGUUAGUUCACUUGGAUGUUUGAGCUUCACUGUGUAGAGGUAUGUCUACAAUUUGGUUGUUUUCAUGUUCAUCUGAAAUGUGGUGUUUCUAAUUAACAUAUUAUAACAAAGUAAUUACUUCACACAAGUGUGAUGUUGAAACUUUAAGUUUCCAGUGCAAAUACUAACAUGUUGUGCCUCUGAAAGCUGUAUGAAAAGACCAGUUAGCACAAGUGCAUCAGAAGAAUAGAGAAAAACCAUAAAGUAGUGAUGGUAAAAUAGUUCACUGAACAUAAAACACAGAUUCCACAAAGAUUCAUCUUUUAUUUCCCAAGAUGCAUUAUGAAAAACUGACCAUUUCCAUGCAAAUAGUAACCACAGCCCAAACACCAACCUUUAAGUCAGAGAAUGAGCUGUGAAAUGCAGUGAUUCCAUGACACAAAAAACUAAACUAGUAACAAUUUCACAGCCAAAUAAGUAGCAUGACGUAAGCAUGAGCCUUUACAGACAAUAUGUCAUUUCACAGUCCACUGCAAUCUUAAAAAAAA